UGGGUUGCUUUGUUUUCAACAGCUAGCUGAGGCAAUCGGACCAUUUUUUCUCUCAAUAAAAACGACUCCCGCGGCCAGAGUUCCGGGUUUUUCGCUAUCUUGCCCCCGCCCCCGUCCACCACCGUUACCGUGCGCCGUUUGUCCGUUUGGUCGUGGCUGCGCUGCUCCUGGUAGUGGGUGCGAGUUCCCGCUGCUGCUCGUUCCGCAGGUUCCCGAACAACGCGAGCAGCACGGCCGUAAGUGCGUAAUUUGUGUGUGUCGUGUUUUUUCACGGUUCCCCGCGAAUCAUGUUUCGGCCAGGAAACAGCAGGAAGCAGCUGGGCAAACGGCAAACGGCGGACAAUGGUAACGGUGGUGGCAACGCGCUGAAGAAGCUCCGGACGGAUCAGCAGGUCCCGACGUUCGACGAUGAAUCGGGGUCAGCGGUCGGGGCGGUGGCGGGGGGACUCGCCACCGCGGCAGCGGCCACUGCUGACGGCCGGGAGCGAGUGGAGGGAGAGGGAGACGGAACGACGGCCGGAUCCAGUCCGGUCAGCCGGAACGGGCGGCGCAUCGUUCGUGGCCAGACGGGCACCGUGUUGCUCGAUUGUGAAAUUCCUCGCUACGGUACUCCGGUCGAGCGGAAGCGCUGCCGUAUGGCCGGUGACUACAUCAUUGGCCAUGAACUCGGUUCAAGCCCGGGCGUCCCCCAGACGCAGUAUCUAGCGCGAAAAGCAGGCACCGACGAGUACUAUCUACUGAAGAUGCUGAGCUUCGAUCCGGAAACCGAGGUUGUGGACAAGGAAACGUUGCAGGGCAAGUUGCUGCUGCACACCGAGUACACGCUGCUGUCGAUGUUGGCCGAUCUGGAAGGUGUUAUCCAUCAGCACGGGUUCUUUAGUGAUUUUGCGUUCGAAGAGCGGCAACGCGAACUCCCGGACGGUACGAUGCAGUCCAUCUAUACUGGCCGCAUCCGGCGCCGUCUCAUUCUCGUGCUGGACUGUGUGCACGCGCACGAGUUCUGCGAGCGUUCGGCCGACUACGUUAGUCUGCAGCGGUACAUCUCCAUCACCAAGUACACGGAGAUGGAGGCACUGAGGUGGUUCUACAAGGUGGUACGGAUCGUCGAGCAGCUGCACGAUCGGAACGUUAUCCAUCGCGAUCUCAAGCUGAACAACAUCGUGCUGAACCGACGCACCAAGCGCGUCCUGCUGACGAACUUCAUACUCGCCAAGCAUCUGAUCAACGAGAACGAGUGUCUGCUGGACCAACGGGGCAGUCCGGCGUACAUCUCGCCCGACGUACUCGCCGGCAGACCGUACCUGGGCAAACCGUCCGACAUGUGGGCCCUGGGUGUGAUCCUGUACACGAUCAUCUACGGGAAAUUUCCGUUCCUAGACACCACUCCGUCGGCACUGUUUCGCAAGAUUCGUGAAGCGGAUUACACCAUUCCGAGUGGCUUCAAAACAUCGGAUCGUACAAACAGACUGAUCAAAUCGAUGCUAACCCUCAAUCCGGAUGAACGUUCUACGGCCACCGAGGUGCGGGUGCAGCUCGAGCAGAUACUGCACUCGAUGCGUGCGCCCCGUGUCGAGCGGGAUCAGAUUGUUCCCGAGUUUAUCGAUGACCAACAGACGGGGAACGGUGGCAACGGAGGUGAAACCGGUGAUCAGGCCCCACCGAGUGACAUGAUUGUGCGAGGCAGCGAAUCCCCUUCCACGAACAAUCUGAUCUUGGAACGCCCAAUGCAGACCGGUUCACCGAAGCACGAGCUCUCGACGGAACAGUUUUCCCGCGUACUGGAAACCUCGAUGGCCAGUGGAAUCAAUGGAGGCGCCAACGCAGGUCACGGAUGUUUGCGUCGGAACGGUGAUGGAGCGUUUCUCAAACCGAAGGUGGUAGUCCAUAAGACGGUGCGGGUUGCCCCAUCGAAUGGCCAAUCGCCGACAACGACAACAACCACCACGACGACAACGACGACCACGUUAACUCCGGUUGCUCCGGGUCCGGGACCGGCAGUCGGUAGAGCCGAACAGGUGCCUGGAGCGGUCGAGUUACUCCAGCUGGCCAGUCGUGCUGCACCAGCGGCAGCGGCAAAUGCAGGCAGUGGUGGCGGAGGGCCACAGCGUAAUCGUUUGAAUUUCAAUCUGAAUCUACACGUUCGUCGUGUACAAUCUUCUCGGCCGUACAAUAGUUCGACCCGACCCUGCCCGGGGACAACUUCCGUGACCGUCAUUCGUGGUGCAGGAAACCGUGGUAGCAACCAACAGGGACUCAAUCAGCAGCAGCAGCAGCAGCAGCAGGGGAAUAGCGGUAGUAGCAGCAAUGCUUCCUCCCCUCCGCUAAGCCUUAGCCAAACGAUCCGUAUGCUCAACAUGAUGCCCUACACGGUGACGGUAACCAGUUCCUCCUCGGUACCGGCUACCAGCGGAGAAUCGGAGCCUCUAGCAGCGGCCACUGCUUCGGCAUCAGCUGCUGCUCCUGCCGCUACCGGCCCACGUCUGAAGCCGUUGGUGGCGCUGCACCGGGCUAUGCCGCGCAUUCAUGCGCUACUCAUGACUCGCUCCACGGUCUCGGCCAGCAACACUGCCGACGGAGCAUCACUGCCCGAUUUCGACGGCAUCAUAACGAGCGAGAUGGCCGACAAGAUCAUCAUGUUUCUGAUCAACAGUCUGCGCCAUCACGAACCGGUGGCCAGCGUGGUCGCCGCAGGUUUCACGAGUACGGCAGCUAUCGGAUCGAUCAUGCCGGGAGUUCGCGUCAACAGCGUUCUCGAGAUACUGCGCCAGCUGGGCAUACGGAUGGGCGCGUCGGCAAGUGGUCAGAUUGUGAUCCGUCCGCAGCAAUCGGGGGAACGGCGUGCAAUGCUUAGCUGUCUGCUGCAGAUCGCGGGCCAUAACGAUCGCUACAUACAAUCGGUUUAGGUGACCGGACGGACCGUGCAAUCGCUCUGUGUUCCUUUUUUUCGCCGGGAAUCCGUUUUUCUUUGCUUCUUCGGUGAGUGAGAGACCAACGAUGUGUAGAAGGGAGGAAGAGAACAGGAAAGACGCGCGCCUAAGUCGAUACUGGCGGCUCUUCUCUGGUAGUUCUUUUCGAUUUUUUUUGUGACUGACUACGUGGGUCCCGAUUGAUCCGCUUCUUAUUGAUCGGAACAAACGGUGGCCGUUCGUACGUGGAUGGGCUCUGGCCGUAAUCUGGGUGUUUUUCUUCUUUUUUUUUAAUGUUCGUAGAUAACAAAACUAGCGUAGCGUAAGAUUCUAAUAUUUCCUAACAUGUAACAGCAACUGCGGGGGGAGAAUAUCCUGUGUCGACACAAAAAAAACCACACACACCACACGGACACAUUCUAAUGCGUAUCUAGAUGAAUUGGGCCGUGGGUUUUAUUAAUCUUAGAGCGGGGGAUAUUGUCAUCAUCAGGUAGCGGCCCUAUAUAGCACAGGCAUAGACAAGUAGACAUGCGUACGAAAAAAAAGAAUCCAUAAAUACUUUUAUUAUUUGGAACCAACCAACCAA